UCCACAGCAGCCUGCCUUCCAUCAAAGCCAAGCCAGCUCUUGAAAGCCUGAGCAGGGCCUUGCUUGUGCUGGCCAGCAAAUUCCCAAAGGAGAUGGUCAGCAGCCUGCUGGUCUGCUCUCUCACCUGCUCCAGAGUUGCUGUCACCAUGUGGAGGGAAAUGCUCUCGGAGUCUUCAACCGUGAAGACGGUGCUGCAGGAGGUGUUCCAAGUGCUCAUAAACCACACUCUGCAGCACACCUCCCCAUUCAUCAAGGAGAGGCCACGUGUCCUUGCCCUGGCCGCAGCAAGGAUCCUACCAGAGAUACUCCAGCUGCCUCUGGUCCUCAAGGAGGCUGAAGCCAUCUUCCCCCAGCUCUUCCCAGCCCUUCUCCUGCAAGUGUCCUUCACCACGGAGCUGACGCUGCAGGAGGUGGAAAUCUUCUGGGAGGGGCAACAGCAGCACCAGCUCACUCCCAUCAGGUCCGCGGUGCAGUCCUUGAAGGUGCUGCUCUGCAGCGUGGGCCUCCAGAAGCAGAUGGAGGCCAUCCAGGAGCAGGGGGGCUGGGACGCGCUUCUCAGCACUGUGACCCACCUCCAGGGUGUGCAGGUGGUGGCCAGGGUGAUGAGGGAACUGCCUGCUGCUCUGCGUGACCCCAUCUUCCAGCAGCUGGUUGAGCUGCUCAGCACCAACUUCUACUCCUGGGAUAUGGUGGCCAUGGUCUUCCUCGUUGAGAUGCUGGAAUGCAUGGACCUCAGCAAAGAGCUGCACCGCGUCGUGAGCCUCUUCGACACGUGUCUGCAGGGCCAGAGCGUGGGCACGCGGCAGCUGGUGCUCAGGGGCAUCCUGCAGCUCAGCACGAGGCAGCACACGGCGAGGAAGAUGCUCGGCCUUGUGCCGUGCAUCACGGAGCGGCUGCAGGACGCGGACAGCGGCGCCCGCGCCGUGGCCCUGCCGGUGCUCAGCACCCUGCUGCGGCUCCUGGACAGGGGGAAGCUCAGCCUCGUGGCUCUGGAGCUGGCCGCCAAUCUCCCGGCGCUCUUUGAGGACGAGUCCAGCACGGUGCGGCAGCUCUCCAUCCACCUCUUCCUCGACACGCUGAGCUUCGUGGAGGGCCAAGAAAAGAGGAAGAUGCAGAAGACGGUGUGCAGGAACCUGGUCCUGCUGUAUCUACACCUGCACGAUGAGGAAGAGAACGUGUCCAAGGCCUCCCAGAAAGCCUUCCUCGGUGCCGCACGGUUCCUGCACUGGAGGCGGCUGGAGCAGCUGGCGGAGGUGGCGCAGUUCUGGCAGAUCGGCGAGUGCAUGCUGGUGGAGAGGAGACAGAGUGCAGCGCAGGACUACCUGGGCGACUGCCUGCUCUACCUGCAGAGCCUGCAGGAAACCCUGCGACUGGAGGCCGUGAGGUUCAUCGGGCUCUUAGGGCGGCACAUGAGGGAUGAGCAGCGGGCUGACAGAGAGCACAUCUACCAAAGUAAGCCAGGGAGUGGGAUGUUGGGGCAGCCAGCAGGCCUUCACAGUGUGCUGUGA